AUUUAAGGAAAAAGAAAAAUUAAGGAGAAAGAAAAAGAGUGUGCGAGGCAAAGUGGCUAGGGUUUCAUUGCCAGCAGCAGCGUAGCUGAAUCGGAUUGAGAUCGGUGCUGUUACGUUGCGGAGGCUCCGAUGAAGCUCACCGUCAAGACUUUGAAAGGCAGCCAUUUCGAAAUCAGGGUUCAACCCUCUGAUUCUAUUAUGGCUGUCAAAAAGAAUAUUGAAGAUGUGCAAGGCAAAGAUAAUUACCCAUGUGGGCAGCAAUUGCUUAUUCACAAUGGGAAGGUUUUGAAAGAUGAAACUACACUAGCAGAUAAUAAGGUCUCUGAGGAUGGCUUUCUUGUUGUCAUGCUUAGUAAGAGCAAGACCAUGGGAUCUGCUGGCACUUCAUCGACUCAGCCUGCUAGCAAUCCACCUAUAUCAGUAUCAACACCUAAUCCCGCAGCUCCAGUACAAACUCAGUCUGCAAACAAUGUUGCAUCUGCCACAGAUGCCACAACUACGAAUGUGACUGCAGAUACUUAUGGUCAGGCUGCUUCAAAUUUAGUUGCUGGUAGUAGUAAUAUUGAGCAGACUAUUCAACAAAUUAUGGACAUGGGCGGUGGCAGCUGGGACCGGGAUACAGUUAGUCGUGCUCUUCAAGCAGCUUUUAAUAACCCAGAGCGUGCUGUAGAUUACUUGUAUUCUGGAAUUCCUGUGGCAGCGGAAGUUGUUGUACCGGCUGCUAAUCACCCAAGUAGUCAGACUACUGAAACAGGUGGGGUCAGUGCUGGAGCUGUUCCCGGGGUCCCUAACUCAUCUCCUUUGAAUAUGUUUCCUCAGGAGACAAUUUCUGGUGCUGGAGCUGGAGUUGGAUCUCUUGACUUCCUGAGGAACAAUCCCCAGUUUCAAGCAUUGCGUUCAAUGGUGCAAUCCAAUCCCCAAAUUCUUCAGCCUGUACUUCAGGAGCUGGGGAAGCAGAAUCCCAGUCUCUUAAGACUUAUUGAUGAGCAUCAUGCUGAGUUUCUCCAGUUAAUAAAUGAACCCGUUGAGGGUUCUGAAGGUGAUAUAUUUGAUCAGCCUGAGCAAGAAAUGCCUCAUGCCAUCAAUGUGACACCAGCUGAGCAGGAGGCGAUUGGAAGGCUUGAGGCCAUGGGAUUCGAUCGAGCCUCUGUCAUAGAGGCAUUUUUGGCAUGUGACCGUGAUGAGCAAUUGGCAGCCAACUACUUACUUGAAAAUCCUGGAGAUUUUGAGGAUUAAAUCACUAACCUACAGCUAUUCAUAGUUUUGUUCAGGCCUUUUUUUUUUUCUUCUUUUUUAUAUUUAUCUGGGUGGGUUGUUUACAUUUCUUUACAUUUAAUGUGUCAUUCUCGGCAAAUUUAUGUGGGUAGAGUUUUGAAUUUGGAUCCCGUAUUUAGCUGAAAUAUUUGGACUAUUACUCUUUAUUUUAAAAUGGUUAAAUAUUAUAUAACAGCGUCUUAAGUUGUCUAGCCA